AUGGCUACUUCUUCUGAAGAUUUAUCUAUACAAUGUAUGCAUGGUAAAGCUGGUAAUAGUAAUUGGAAAUUACCACGUCUUAUAGCAACAUGUGACAAAAAAGCACGACCAGAUGUUUAUGGUGAAAUCGAUGCUAGUGAAUAUUUAGAUAAUGAUAAUGUACUUGAUGCCAAACUUGAUAUAGUUGUAUCAUUAAUUCGACAAAGUCAACAAUUUGUUGUUUAUACUGGUGCUGGUAUAUCAACAUCAGCUGGUAUCGGUGAUUAUGCAUCAAAAGCAUCGAAUUCUAUAGUUAUGCGUGAAACAAGUGUUAAUCGUUUAAAAGCUAUACCAACAUUAUCUCAUCAUGUACUUGUGGCACUUGAAAAGAAAAAUCGUCUUAAACAUUGGGUACAACAAAAUCAUGAUGGUCUUGCACAACGUGCUGGAUAUCCACAAGAAAAAUUAAAUGAAAUUCAUGGUUCAUGGUUUGAUAAAAAGAAUCCUGUUGUUUUAAUGGAUGAUAACCUUAAAUCUGAUUUACAUAAAUGGUUAAAAGAAUGGGCAGAAAAAUCUGAUCUCGUACUUGCUAUGGGAUCAUCAAUGUCUGGUAUGGCAGCAGAUGUGAUAGCUUCAAGAGUAGCUGAAAGAGAAGGAACACUUGGUUUAAUUAUUAUUAAUUUACAAAAAACACCACAUGAUCAUCUUGCAACAAUAAGAAUUUUUGCACCAUGUGAUAAAGCUAUGUCUUUAUUAGCGAGUAAAAUGAAAUUGAAAAUUCCUAAAAAUAAGUAA